AUGGUGCAUUCAGUUUCUUCCCUUCUUUCUAUUAUUGUUGUCCUACUCCUGUCUCCAUAUGUAAUUUCAGUUUCAAUCCCAAUUCAGGAUAGCUUCUUAAAAUGUCUCGAGAGGAAUUCUGAAUCACCCUUUCCUUUUUCAACACUCUUGUAUACCCCAAAAAACUCUACAUUCACUACUAUUUUACAAUCUUCUGCUCAAAACCUCAGGUUCACGUUGCCUUCGUCACCGAAACCUGAGUUUAUCUUCACUCCUCUGAAAGAAUCUCACAUCCAGGCUGUAGUUAUUUGCUCUAAAGAGCUUGGGAUUCACCUUAGAAUCCGUAGUGGAGGCCAUGACUACGAGGGACUCUCUUAUGUUUCCGAAAUUGAGAGGCCUUUCAGUGUUGUAGACCUAGCCAAGCUCCGUUCAAUUAGAAUUGACAUCGAGGAUAACAGCGCAUGGGUUCAGGCUGGUGCCACAAAUGGUGAGCUUUACUAUAGAAUAUCGGAGAAAAGCGAAACUCAUGGCUUCCCGGCUGGUACUUGCACAAGUUUAGGCAUGGGUGGGCACGUUUCAGGAGGUGCAUAUGGUGCCAUGUUGAGAAAAUAUGGCCUUGCAGCAGACAACGUCAUCGAUGCACGGAUAAUUGAUGUUCGUGGAAGGCUUCUUGACCGAAAAUCCAUGGGGGAAGAUCUUUUUUGGGCAAUUAGAGGAGGUGCAGGGGGCAGCUUUGGAAUCCUCACCGCGUGGAGGAAGGUAAAACUGGUUCCUGUACCAUCCACCGUGACAGUAUUUACAGUUGCUAAGACCUUAGAACAAGGUGCUAAUAAGAUCCUGUAUAAGUGGCAACAAAUUGCUGAUAAACUAGACGAGGAUCUUUUCAUCAGAGUCUACGUUCAGACAGCUAACACUAGUAAUGAACGUAAAAGAACUAUUACCACAUCUUAUAAUGCCUUGUUUCUUGGUGAUGCCGACAGGCUUCUCCAGGUAACGGAACACAGCUUCCCUGAAUUGGGUUUGGCACGACAGGAUUGUAUCGAAACAAACUGGAUCAAUUCUACUGUAUAUCUCGACGGCUUCCCGAAUAACACUCUACCAGAAGUUUUUCUUGAAAGAAGGAACCUGCUCAAGACCUACUUCAAAGGCAAGUCGGACUACGCCAGAGAAGUCAUACCCGAAACUGCACUUGAAGGGUUAUGGGAAAAGUUGUUUGAAGUAGAGAGUCCUCUAGUAAUAUUGACACCUUAUGGUGGAAUGAUGAGCAAAAUACCAGAAUCUCAGACUCCUUUCCCUCACCGGAAAGGUACCAAGUUCAAGAUUCUGUACUGGUCAAGGUGGCAAGAUGCCGAAGAAAAUGUUGCAAACCAUAUAGAUUUGACGAGGAAGGUUUACAAGUUCUUGGCGCCUUAUGUCUCAAAGUCUCCAAGGGAAGCAUAUGUCAAUUACAGGGAUCUUGAUCUGGGAAUGAACAAGAACAGGAGCACAAGCGUUGAAGAGGCAAGUGCUUUUGGCACCAAGUUCUUCAAGGAUAACUUCUACAGGUUGGUUCAUGUGAAGACCGAAGUUGAUCCUGACAAUUUCUUCAGGCAUGAACAAAGCAUCCCACCUCUUCCACUUCACAUGAGAGGAAGAAACUGAAGAGGAAUUCAUGGCCAGCGAAAGAA